AUGAUGCAAGUGGCAAACAGGCUACUUUUACAAUCUUCUACUGGGCAUUCAACAAGCGAGGAACUGACCGAAUUGUGCUCCCUUUUUAUACAGGACGUAAUAGAUGAGUGCAAUCAAAACACUCUGCAGCCGGAUUCAGCAGGUGUCAAUUGCUUGGCUGCUGAGGAUCUUGCUCAAGGAGACGUAAAGCCAGAGAACGUUAAGACAGCAGCAGGUGGGACAGACUAUAACAACUCUGACUCUGUCAUCAUGAGUUUCUUUAAAACCUUGGUAAGAUUUUUGCCAUCACUUUAUCUGAAUGGAAUUGGUGUAUGUAUGAAUUGUUGUAAGAUAGAAUUGCUGCCCCGCGGUUACAGAGAGACAUUUAGGAGGGAAGAUGUGCUUUGCAUCACAUGGGCAGCACAAACUAACACAGUCAAAGCUGCAAAGGUUCAGUACAACGUGAAAUGAUUGCAAACAAUGUAUGUGGGGCAGGAGAUUCAAUUUAGUGUGCAUUUAAAGGGAAAUUUAUUUCAUUUGCACAUUGGGAAACACUACAUGAAUCAAACUGUCCUUUGACAGUUGCACUUCUCUGAAUUUCGCAAGGCAGUUCUUCCUCCAAGCAAUGUGUACAAAAAUGCAUACAGCAGUGAAAAUACAAAAAUUGCUUUUCAGACAUGGGUAUAUUGGGCACAAUUGCAUACAAAAGUGCAAAUGGAGGGAGGGGUAUCACAAAACAAAAACAAAACUGCAAACUGAUGUGGAAACAUGGAGAACUGAACUUAAGACUAGUGAGGAAAACCAAAACUGGUAUAUUCAAUAGAAUGAGUAUCAAUUGUUGUUGACCAAGGCAGAAAGUAAUUAAUUUGUCGUGUAGCUAGAGGCAAAAAAAUGAUGGUAAUUCAGCACUUGUAAUAGAUGUAUAGGAGAGGGCAUUUCUGUGGGUGUAGCUUAUUAUGCAAGCUACACCUGUUGAAACUCCUACACAAUUACCUAAGAAGCAGGAGCCCUGCCCUCUUUUGCAUUUAGCUACUCUACCUGAAUUUUAAAAUGUCAUUUAACUAGAAAAAUAUAUCUUAAGUGUUCAUGGGGAUGUUUUAUUCAUUAGCUGUGAAGGUCAGAUUAAAACCAUUUGUUAUUUUCUACUCAAGCAUUUCCAUGUAGGCACAACUAAAAGCUCAUCUACACUUCCCUUUGCCCCACUGCUUUCCCCCGAGAAAAUCCACGCUCUUUAGCACUGAAUCAGAACAAAUGGCAAUUGGAUUUUCUGCAGAUUGCCAUCUGUUCCGAUUUAGUGCUAAAGAGCAGGUUUUCCAGGGGAAAGCAGUAGAGCAAAGGCAAAACCACUCUGAACAGUGUAUAGAAAGCAUGGGACAAAUGGAAAACUACUUGGACCUGUGCUUUCAAGGCACGGGAAAAGUGGAAGUGUGGACGACGCCUUGGAGAAUUGUUCUGCUGUUGUGGAAGGAGAAGGAAAGCUAUAUUAACAGAGUAAUCACAGGCAUCUUUAUUCAGAGAGAAGGUCCACUGAGCUCAAUGGAACUUGUUUCCAUUUACGGAGGACUGGGGACUCGUUAUAGUUAAAGCUAUGGUUUUCCCAGUAGUGAUGUAUGGAAGUGAGAGCUGGACCAUAAAGAAGGCUGAUCGCUGAAGAAUUGAUGCUUUUGAAUUAUGGUGCUGGAGGAGACUCUUGAGAGUCCCAUGGACUGCAAAAAGAUCAAACCUAUCCGUUCUGAAGGAAAUCAGCCAUGAGUGCUCACUGGAAGGACAGAUCCUGAAACUGAGACUCCAAUACUUUGGCCACCUCAUGAGACGAGAAGGCUCCCUGGAAAAGACCCUGAUGUUGAGAAAGAUGGAGGGCACAAGGAGAAGGGGACGACAGAGGACGAGAUGGUUGGAUAGUGUUCUCGAAGCUACCAGCAUGAGUUUGACCAAACUGCGGGAGGCAGUGGAAGACAGGAGUGCCUGGCGUGCUCUGGUCCAUGGGGUCACAAAGAUUCGGACAUGACUAAACGACUAAACAACAACAAAGGGACUCGUUUAGGAAUAAAAAUGCAUAGGGUUGUGUAAUAAAUCUAAUAAAAUAUCUCUGCAAUAUGACAGGAAAUGUUACCAAGGAACUUAAACUUUUCUAACAUGCGCUUUGUCUUUGUCUGCUUUUUAAUUAUUAGUCAAUUUAGUUGUAGGCAGCAUUUGCCACAAAAAUAUUGUGUUCAGAGUAGUGCACUAGUUCAUCAUGGGGUGGCCAGAUGCAAAAGCAGAUAGGGCUCUUAAAACACCAAGAAAGUGGCCUGGCUAUUCCAACGAUUGAAUCCUUGCCGGAUUCAAAAAUUAGAAGGGACUUGGGCAUACGGCCUAACCCUGUCCCUUCAAAACUCACAACAGUAUGUUUAUUUAGACAUAUGUCCCAUUGAGGUCUGUGGGGCUUACUCCAAGGUCAGCAUGCAAAGGAUUGCUAUCAAACUUGGUCUAGGAAAUCACUAUUGCCUGUGAUUGCUUAACUGCUGGUGAAACAAGCUUUGCAAUAUAUUUUUUUAAGCCUAACUAAAUAUACAUGGCUAGAGGCAAUGGAAAACUUGAAAAAUUGUGUACAGUUAUGGCCACUACAGCACUAAAAGAAGAUCAUCAAGCUAGAAAAGGACAACCAAAAUGAUCGAGGGGCUGGAGCAGCUGCAAGGGUACAACAUUUGGGGCUAUGCAGUUUUAGCAGGCAAAAUGUGGUUAAGAGGGGACCUGAUAGAGGUGUAUAUGUUAAGUUGUGGGUGAACAUAUCAGACGACACAGCGAUUCUUCAAACAACUAUUGUUUAUUCACAGGCCAGGCCAGAACUGAACUGAAGAGUUCAGUCAGCCUGCUUAUAUAGAGCCCCAGUACAACGUUACUGUAACAACUUUCUAAAACUAUCCAAUCAUUGAAUGUCACUUUCGAUCCCUUAUUUGCACAACUAUCUACAGUAUCCCCCUGCUAGCCCAGGGUGAGAACUUCAGUACAUAACAGCAUAACAUUACGCAAGGUGUGGCGAGAGUGGACAAAGAAGUUUUUUCUCCCUUUCUCACAAUACUAGAACUUGGGGCCAAUCAUUGAAGCUGAAUGGUGAUGGGGGAAUCAGAGCAGGCGAGAGAGAACACAACACAUAGUUAAGACUAUGGAAUCGGAUGUAGUGACAACUGCCCAUUUGGAUGGCUUUAAAAGCGGAUUAGACAAAUUCAGGGAGAAUACAGUAAGGCUAUCAGUGGCUACUAGACAAUCCAUUGCCUCUAGUAACAGGGGCAGCAUGCCUCUAAAUCCUAGUUGCUGGGGAGAGUUCUGUUGCACUCCUGCCUUGCCUUGCCCUGCUUGCAGGCUUGCAGAACCAUCAGAUUGGCUGCCGAGGGAACACUGAGCCAGACUGGCAGGCAGGCUUUGGCCUGACCCAACAGAGCACUUAUGUUCUUGCAUUCUUGGAACAGCAUAACGGGAAAGAAGAGUGGGCACACCACAAGCCAUGAUGGCUCUAUCAUUUACAGCUAGGAUUCUGUAACUGGGAUUCCUGCAUUGCAGAGAGCUGAGCUACAAAACCCUUUGGGUCCCUUCCAACUUUACAAUCCUAUGUGUCAGGUGCUGGUGUGGUUGCUCGAGAGCAAACAGGCAAGACUCCGACCUGUCUUUUCCAGGCUUUAUUCUUAGUGCAAACUAUUUACAGUGAAGAGCGUCGUAAGUUCAUGUCUGGCUCAGUCACUAGCAGAAUCUGGGAGUGGUCGGUCCUUGUACCUCCCCCAGCAUAACAGUCGUGUGACCCCCCAACCUUCUCCUCCCCUCCCUGCGCCGAGUGGGCGCUGGCAAAGGGGUACUUCCCUCCUCUCCGGUUUGUGCAGGCUCCAUGUUGAGGCUCUCCCUAGCAUCCCCUGGUCCCACCACCGCCUCUCCACUGGAGGUGGGGCUUUCCUCCUCGCCAGAAGAGGAAUUGCUUCGCAAGAUUUUCGGAGGUUCCCUAUAACACAACUGCCCUUCCACUUCACGCCUCUGAGCUGAUGGCAGUUCCCUGACACUAUGGUUCCAUCUUACCCCUUUCAGCUUUCUAUGGAGGGAGGGUGCUCUACAAUCUUGUCUUCAUGCUGACAGAUGCCCAUUUAAUUUGCCUUUGAGGAACACUUCAUAAUCUCCCUAGGUAGCUUGUUCUAGCUUUGAAUUACUUUUACAAUUAGGCUGUUCUUUCCAGUGCUUAACACAAGUCUUUCUCUGCAUUCAAACACCAUUGGCCUUUGUCCAAUCCUCCAUAGAAUUGGAAGGAACCACUAGGGUCAUACAGUCCAACCCCCAGUACUGCAGGAAUCUUUCGCCUAGCGUGUGGCUCAAUCUCAUGACCCUGAGAUUAGGAAUCUCAUGUGCUGAGCUAUCCCAGUUUAAAAUUUGCACACUUAAUGUUUUUCUUCCAGCUAAAUUCUCAUUCAAUUCAUGUCAAGAGUUUGGUCUGGUUUUGAAUAUUGCACAUUUCAUGGGUUGUUUUCUUUUCUUGAAUUGAAAGGUAUCUCCAAGCAAAGCAGAUUCCAAGGGUGACACUGAGGACAAGGUGAGUGAUUGGAUCCUGGCAAUAUAAGUUCAAUAUAGACCCUUCCUCCCUUUUCUUGGGAUACUUUUCUAAACUGGCUUAAUGUGUACUUUGGGACUGGCUCACACAUGCAUGCACAACCCAACCUACACUGCAAAUAAUUGCAUUUGAUUUGAUAUCAGGCAAUAUUAAAGACUUGUGUUAUUGGUUACUGCAAUUUAUUUAUCUGACUUGCUUUUCAUGCCACCUUUUUUUCAAGGUUCUCUGGGUAGCAUACCAAAUCACUGCCUUGUUUUAUCUCUACAACAACCUUGUCAUGUAGCUCACACUGAGAUACAGUGACUAGCCCAAGGUCAACCUGAUUCCUAGCUGAGUGGGGUUGCUACAUUUUUAAGGACUAUACCUGGGCAGAGGGUGUUUAGGUGCAUGUCAAUAAUGUAAAUUGGCAAAUAUAUAUCUGAGAGUACCUCUUUCAUAUAGGUGCAUGUGUGAGAAAACUAAGGUGUGCUGCAACCCCCUGUUGCAGAGGGGUGUGUGUCUGGGGAGUUCCUUUUUUCUGUUCAAUGUAUGAAAUGGCCCUUAGAACUAAUUUGUUGUUCGCCUGUUUCAGCACUUCUCUUACCAAGCGGGAGCCCCAGCCUAUUAAGAACCCAGACUUUGAUAUUAAAUAUUUCUUUGGCAAUUUGACACAUUUGUGCAAUUGGUUUUGAAAGCGUUCGUUGACGGCAGAAAACUAAAUUCCGCAUAUAAUGGUGCAUUUCUGCAAUAUGUAAAUUUACCUUUUAAUGUAUAAUGUUGUGUCUGAGCACAUGCUUAAUAACUGGGAGGUCUUUACCACUAGGUGGCACCAACUUUAUUAGGAAGCUGGCUGUUCUUGGCCCCUAGAUCAUUUUCUGGAGUGUACAGUGGCCCACAAGACAUCUGUCUUCUAGACAGUCCUAAGCAGGAAGUUAAACAGACUAAAGAAAAAUCAGAAAGCUCCCUACAGCAUAUGACUAUCCUUGGCAGAAGGGCCAGUUUGCAUAAGCAGCAGGAGACUCCCAGCUAUAGUAUAUUGCUUCUGAGCAGCCUUUCUCAAGGAGCAUCAUGAUACCUGUGGCAAGCUCCCAGCUUGUUUUGGGGCUGCAGGACUUGGGACAUUAUGUAGGAAAAGGAAGCAUCUUUUUGUGUCUGCCACCUUCUUGGUCCUGCAUGAUGAGAAGCAGUGGCUCAGGAGCAUAGCUGUCAACGUUUCCCUUUUUUAAAGGGAAAUUCCCUUAUUACAAAUAGGUUUCCUCACAAGAAAAGGGAAACAUUGACAGCUAUGCUAAGGAGUGCAGCACACAUCAUUCAAAACACGCAUUCUAAGUUGCGUUCAUCCAGGACUGCUGCAAAGCUCAGCAUGUGCCUUUUAUGCCUUUGCCAAACGUUCUGCAACACCCCAAAGAUGUAGCUGUUUCUCAGCAGAUGAAUCAAUAUUUGAAAGGGUUCCAUGAAGGCUGAAGGUUUGACUAGUGCACAGAAUGGUGUGCUUAAGCAGUACUCGUUAUAAUAGUGAUUUUCCCCCCUGCUGUAUGAUUGACCUUAACACAAGGGUAGGGGGCAUUUUUAUAUCCUAAAGGCCACGUUUCUUCAUGGGCAGCCUUCUGGGAAACACAUGACACUUGUAUGUGGGGCCCAAUGUAAUGAAAUAAUAAAAAAGAGGAGGCCAAUAGAUGUAACUCUUGAACUUAUUCAGUGGGCUGCGUUCCAGCCACACCAAAGCCAGACGUUUCUUCAGAAAUUCAUCUCUCUCUGUUUUCCACCCAGGCAAACAAGAAACACUAUCACAGUUCAAGGACACAUUCCAGUCAGGCAAAAGCGCUGAGGAGCAGGGCUGCUAAGGGGGGUUACCAGGGAGGGGGCUGUAUUAGAGGCUCACCAGCCCAGCCUCAAGAAUGUUUUGGGGGAGAGACAGUGAGAUAAUUCUUAAAUAAGUGAAACACAGAGUCCUUUACAUUGGAGAGAUGUGUAGAUAUGGGUACUAUCUUAUGACAUUCUAGUGCAUAUAAUUCUUCUCAUGCAUAGGCACAUUUACAAGUGUCACAAAAUAUUUGUUCUGCACUUGUAAGCAAUUGAUUUUUGAGUGUGCAGAACCUGUUUUCUUGAACUCCCUGCCUGUUAAUAUUUGGCCUAGGUUGUACUCAACACUGCUAAAAAGCUCUUUUUGUUAGGGUGAGCACCUGUUGCUCAGUCCCUGCUCCUGCCAACCUAGCAGUUUGAAAGCACAUCAAAGUGCAAGUAGAUAAAUAGGUACUGCUCCGGCGGGAAGGUAAACGGCAUUUCCGUGCAUUGCUCUGGUUUGCCAGAAGCGGCUUAGUCAUGCUGGCCACAUGACCCGGAAGCUGUAUGCCGGCUCCCUUGGCCAAUAAAGGAAGAUGAGUGCCGCAACCCCAGAAUCAGCCACGACUGGACUUAAUGGUCAGGGGUCCCUUUACCUUUACACCAGGAUGUGUGAUUGUAUUAUGUACAUUUGGGUUGUUUUUUUAAGAGAGCUGCUGAUUUUUAUCUGUAUUUUGAUACUGUUGUUACCUGCCCUUUUUAAAGGCUUUUUUUAAAAAAUGAGUAUUUUACGCUGUUCUGCAAACCUCUGCCAUAGAGAUAUUUCUUUGAUUAAACGGUAUAUAUAUCUUGCUAAGUAAAUAAAUGUUGUGAGCGAAAGGACAACACAGCCUGCAGUGGAGACUCAGCUUUGAAUGAUGUCGCCCAAAAGGGAUCUCAAACAGGCCUUGGCGGGCAGCUUUCUGAGAAGACGGCGGCCGAUUCCCACGUGAAAGGCACCAAGAAAAAGAAGCCAGACAGCCCCAGAUUAGGACACAGUACAUUUAGCAAACUGUUUAGGCAUAAGGUUGGUACUGGAGACUAACAAAAAUGGAACCCUGAAUGGCAGCAGAUGAGUCUUCGCAUUGUUGACGCAGAAUGAAAAACUGCAAGGAUCAGACUCCCUGAAGGGCAAAAUCCGGCUUAGUGGGGAGGGAGAAAGAAGGCGUCUUGAGCGUUUUAGAGUCUGGAAAUCUACUCCUUAAGCAACAUCUGUGAAUUCAGGGUUCAGGAAGGAAAACCCUCUAACCAAUUCGUAUUGACCAUUUCCCAUGUUGUGUUAAUAACUCCCUCUCACUAACAAUGCCCGUGCUGCCUUUAACCUGAGGUUCGAUCUGACAAACAAUGAAGUCAAAAAGAGACUAUUAAAAUUACACCUGACCUGCAUGUAAAGCGUUCAGAGAAUUUCACGUGCCAUUAUAUUAACGAUCCUGCAAGUGGCCCAGUGGUUGUGCUAUUUGUGGUGUCUCUUUCUAGCAGUCUUGAAGAAGCUCCAGAAAGCUACUGGACCAGCACUGUAAAACUGAAAUAUAGAAUAACAGAAUUCGAUAUAACUCCCAUCAGUGAAAGGGGGAAAUGUGAAUGUGCGCUCCACUCGUAAGAAGCAUUCCACACCAUAGCGGCCACUUGCGCUUCCAGUGACAAUGAUGGAUCCAAGAGUACCCUCAAGCUACAAUCUUGCUCCUUUAGGAUAACUCUUCAGAUAACUGUAGACAGCUGGUUCCCUGCAACUCCCUCACACUUGUAGAGCAAAGCAGUAGCUGCAAGUCAGCAGUAAAGACCCAGAAUGAAUGCAUGGCUAAUUUUGAAGAAUUGUAGGAUUUGUAUUAGUACAAAAUCGUAGCCAAAAUCACGUCAACGUAUUAUUAUUCAAUAUUAAGUAUCAAUAUUUCUGUUUGGAGAAAAAGAAUGAGAGCAUUCUAUCCUGAGGAAUGCAUAUAGACAAAGAGCCUUGAGCUGUGGAUGGAAAAUGAAGUUAAUUUCUGAGUUCAGAAAUUCCACUCAGACACCCACAUGGAAUUUUUGGGAGUAGAGGGGAUUACAUAAUAAGUGCAUUGAUUUGGAAUAGAAUGGUAGUGGGAAAGGCACUUAGAAUGCUUUGAAAUGAAAAUAUCGUAUCGGUUGCUGUAUUUGAAAAGGAAAGAUCCACACAUUCACCUGAAGGGGGAUGAGCUAUAGAAGUUGUAACUACAAGAUCCUAUUUAGGGUCAAGAGAAGAGUUCUGAGGCUCCAGCCCUAACCGUGCUUAAAAAUAAAUAAAUCUCAGGUAGUUCAAGGGUAAGUAUGUCUGAGUAGACACGAGGAUCAAGCUGGGGAAAGGCUGCUUCAUAGUACGUUUUGGUAAUUAAAUAUAUACAUUGAUAGAUGCAUGCUCACACAUCAGCAAGACGUGCAUCUUGUCACAGAGGGAGAUGUGCAAACUUCAUGCUGAAAUUUAUAAAGUGGCACAGUGAACAGGAGCUGCCAGACUUGCUUCCUGUUGUCCCUGUACCUCAUAUCUUCUAAAGCCAGCACAUGCUUCCUUAAAGCCAUGAUCACCUUCUGAACCAGGGGAACAUUGUUUUUCAGGUCUUAAUGUUAAUACUAAUUUCAACCAAAAGUAUGUUUUCUAAAAAAAAACACCUGAAAUAACAUAAAUACUAAUAGCUGGAUACAAGUUCAUUGGUGCAUUGGGAUUAAAUGAGGAGGUCAUUAUUGUAUACAGUGGUACCUCGGGUUAAGUACUUAAUUCGUUCCGGAGGUCUGUUCUUAACCUGAAACUGUUCUUAACCUGAAGCACCACUUUAGCUAAUGGGGCCUCCUGCUGCUGCCGCACCACCGGAGCACGAUUUCUGUUCUCAUCCUGAAGCAAAGUUCUUAACCUGAAACACUAUUUCUGGGUUAGCAGAGUCUGUAACCUGAAGCGUAUGUAACCCAAGGUACCACUGUAUGAGAAAUUUACAAUGGAAGUUAUGAAUGCAUACUAUGUUUUCAAAAAUGGUCACUUUCACUAGGAAUUUAUGGUGGAACAGGAACAAUUGCAAUGACUGUCACUUUGAACAACAACAAAAUGUCUAAGCACACUUUUUAAUAACAGGAAUGCAAAGCUGAAAAUGAAAGAACUGCAGUUAAAAUAUUAUGUUCAUUUUCCGCAUGGUCUAGUCCUUCCCCUGCCCACCCCCCUAAUAUUCUUAAGAGGGUCUCUUCUCCAGUCUUCAGAGAGUAGCUGGAAGUGGGAAGGCAGAAAAAGAUCCUCCUUUCCUUCCACUCUGCAGUUUUAAUCUGAAAUCUUAGGCGCAGUACUGCACCCAGACCUCAGAAACUGCUUGUGCUAACGAAAUCCCCUGUCGCAGAAUGCACCUAAAACAAUGGGAGUUUUGAACACUUUUCCAAGUUAUAGGGUUUCAUCAUAUCUACCAUAAGCCAAACUGAUCGUGUGACUCUAUCCCUGUUCAUAAUCACAGGUACUGGGUUGUAUGGAAUGACAAAGCCCCAAAUGACUUGUGUAUGUGUAUUUCCUCUUCUUUUAGGCAAAGAAAGAUGCCCAGCAGGCAGCAAAUACCAAAGUGAGUAACACUGUUGAAAAGCAUUCAUGAGUUUCCAGUUGCAAAUAACAUUUCUACAAGUUUCAGAUUAAUAGAGAGCUAACAGUCUCGUACCUGGCAUUUCUCAGGAAUUUUUUUUCCAACAAACUUAAAAAAAAAAUCAGUGCCAUUUUGAAACUAGUGGUUAAAAUCAGUGCAGAACAGUUCAGCCCACCAUCUUGAUUCAAAAUGGCAUCCAGUUGUAUCAAAAUAGACAAAAACUUGCUCUUUGAUCUCAGGAUCCACCAUGUAGAAUUUGGUUACAAUAUCUUAAGUGUCCAAAUGCAUAGAGAGCAAUCAUGUGCCCAAAAUGUGACUUUAAAAGUCAUUUCCUAUAAAAGUCAUUUUCUUUUCGCCCAUGCUAUAACCCAGCCUUCCAGAACUGGUACUCUUCAGAUGUUUUGUACUGCAGUUCUCAGCAGUAUCAGCCGGUGCUGCCAUGCUGGCUCGUGCUGGUGGGAAUUGUAAUCCAAAACAUCUUUGUUGUUUAGUCGUGUCCAACUCUUCGUGACCCCAUGGACCAGAGCACGCCAGGCCCUCCUGUCUUCCACUGCCUCCCGCAGUUUGGUCAAACUCGUGCUGGUAGUUUCGAGAACACUACCCAACCAUCUCGUCCUCUGUCGUCCCCUUCUCCUUGUGCCCUCCAUCUUUCCCAACAUCAGGGGCUUUUCCAGGGAGUCUUCUCUUCUCAUGAGGUGGCCAAAGUAUUGGAGCCUCAGCUUCACGAUCUGUCCUUCCAGUGAGCACUCAUGGCUGAUUUCCUUCAGAACAGAUAGGUUUGAUCUUCUUGCAGUCCAUGGGACUCUCAAGAGUCUCCUCCAGCACCAUAAUUCAAAAGCAUCAAUUCUUCGGUGAUCAGCCUUCUCUAUGGUCCAGCUUUCACUUCCAUACAUCACUACUGGGAAAACCAUAGCUUUUAGAGGGCACUAAAUUGGGGAAGGCUGCCAUAAUGCACGGGGUAUGCAUAAAAAUGUAGGAAUUGAUGCUCUUUCAUAAGCUAUAGUUGUGCCAUGUUAUCUUGUCUCUUUCCCCCAUCCUCAUUAUUCCCCCCCACUUUUUGAAAACACAUUCAGUACACAUUACGCUCCCCGUCCAAGAAUCCUGAGAACUGCUGUUUCUCCAUCACAGAACUACAGUUCCCAGCACCGUUUCAAAACUAUUGUUCCCACAGUUCUUUGGGGGAAGCCGUGUGCUUUAAAUGUGUGUUAAGCUUGAGCUUAAUGUCUGGUGUGGGCCAACACCGCCCCAUUCUGCAAAUCUUUAAAUGGCCCUUUGUCUAUUUACAAAUUCUUGUGUAUGUUUCCAGAUCGCUGAGCAGCCUGUAAUCACUGCUACCGUGACAUCGGAAGCAAACGUCGCUCCACCACAGGAGAGUCCAGCCGCAAAGCAGAACACAAGGGCUCCUGACCCUCCUGCGCCACAACCAGCCACAGUGACAGUGGUUGUCACCAACGAAACUCCAAAAGAAAUAAUAAUAACAAAGGAGAGAUCUUCUUCUACUCCUACACCCCUAAGUAAAUUCUUUCGAAAAAAGGUACAUGUGGAUUUUCUGGAUAGUCGUUUUCAUUUCUGGUCAUAUUGCAGCUAGAUUUAUUUAUAGGAGUUUUUUUCAUAUAUCUCACGAUAGGUCCUGGGUUGACCCAGUGUUGAGAGGUUUCUUAGAACGGAUGAUGCCACAGCAAAGCCAGAUUAAAUGCAGGUUUUCCAUGGGAGAGUCUUUAUUUAUUUACUUGCACAUAUCAAUGACUUCAAAAAUCCAAAAAUUGCUCACUGGGCAGCAGAGCUAAAGAAAAUAACCGCUCAUUUGUCUUAUAUGCAUGCCCUGUCCAUUUCUCAAAAGCUCAAAGCAACCUGCAAUAUAAUAGCAACUUGAAACAUCAAACGUCGCUUUUAUUUGUGCUAGAUUUAAUUACAGCCAAUCUCUUCAAACAUACCUCUAUUAACACAUCAGCUGAGGUAUCCCUAUCAGCAAAAGUAACUGUCAUCAGCAAAUGAGAGCCAAAUCAGUAGCAGGGGUACCAUCAAUACAACAUUAUGUUUUUGGUAAGCCAUAAAAUAGCCAGUCAGUUAGGCUUCCUGGGUGACUGGAUAUUUUCCUUGAACCCAGACGUGCCUGGAAUUUCCUCCCAGGAUACAACUGUUAUCACUAGUGAAACUAAACCCACUGCAUCAACAUAGCAUGAGAGACAGUACACAUUUGGGCUACAGCUGUAGCAGCACUGGCUGUAAUAUGAUUGCACACUAUACUGUUUUUAAAAAAAAACGAAGUCCCAGGAGAUUGCUUCUGCUCUGCCUUAUUGAAGAUGUAUUCUGCUUUGGGAAGAGAACAAACUCCUACAGCUAGAUAACUGGUUACAUCUGGUGAGCUGGAAGACCAAAUGUAACUGCCAAUGGCAUCAGUGCAACAGCUAAUGCCAUAUGCUAAUAAAAUUUACAUCAAUGGGCAUGCAGUUUGACAAGCACCACAUCAAUAUUUGUUGUUUUGGAAUGGUUAAAGGGCUUUCUUUGAACGGUGCCAUUGGAUUUUAAUGUCCAUACUGUAUUUUAUUUCAUAGCUGUGAUUUAAGGUAUUCUGUCUUUCUGUUCGGUCAUCUUUUGUUGCAAUAUAGCAAUGCUGCAUUACAUUUUAUACUAAGAAUAAAAUAAAAGUUGAAGAUGACAUGGUGACCAUAUCACAGCCGCUUAUAAUGGUGCUGGUUCUUUUUAAGGUUGUGUAUUUUGUUGAUUCCUGAUUUAUUAUUUGUUCUAACUGUCUUGUCAGUAAAUUGCAUCAGUUGAGGACCCCUCCAGACUUUUUGUGGGUGUUCGUUAGUGGUGAAUUUAUCCUGGACUGUCUGCUUUAUUAGUUGUUGGGAGAUGCUGCUGCAAUGUUGGGAAGGAGUCUGAAGGGGCACACGUGUGCUAUGGCACAGCAAAUUAUGACCAGCAAACAUUUGUGGUAUGGAAUGUUACAGGGUUUCAGGAGGAAGUUGGGGAGAUGCACUGUUUGGAAAUGCAUCAGUACGUUUGCCCCACUGAAAGCAGGAUUGCAAAUAAUCGCCCCGAUACCACCAUCAGCACAAAUAAUCAUGAAUUCACAGAAAAUGGAUGUCUGGAGAGGUCCCUGAGUUUCUAUUACUACUGUUAAUAACACCACAGGCUAAGUAGCUAAUGGUUACUUCACUCUUGAAUUUAAGCGUGAAACUGGACAUUGUGAUGCAAACAAUGGGCUGCUGGCAAGAAAAGCAGCUCUGUGUUCGGUUUUCUACUUUUUCCUUGUGACUAUUUUGCUAAUCUUGCCCACAUGCUUGACAACAUAGCUUUAUGGGUUUCCCCAACUGUGCUCCACAUAACUGACUGCCCCCUGGUCAGCAGCAGGGUAGCACAUUAUGUUGGUCAAUACCAUGGGAAAUUUCACUUCACGCUACCAAGGAGAAAUGGGAGAACUGGAUCACAGACUGCCACCUUUCAGCAGCAACUCUCUGCUGCCUAACAUUCAGUUCCUCCCCAACAUCUAAUGUUAAGGGUUACCACACCAGUGAGUAAACAGGCAAUAGGGAUUUCAUAGCCUACCUCCUUGGCAUUUUGUUAACCACAGUGUUGCAGAAAUUCCACCAUUGCCAUGCCAAAAGUGGACUGAGCAGCAAUAUUUACAGAUACCAUGGGCAUGUGAAUGUGAGCUUUGUCCAUACAUACAAGGAAAUCACUUUUACUCUUGCUAUACUAUACCACUUCACGCUGCAGGUCGGUGGGAUGGCAUGUCUGAAGUUUCCCUUACAUAAAAAUAAAUGCCAUGCAUGUAGAAAUGUAGCAUACCAGGGGAAAAGGUUCUAAUUUUCCACCUGGCAUGCUAAUUUUAUUUGGGAAGGGAUCUGAUGGUCUGUUUGUUUAAGUCAUUUGUGGACUAUCAACUGAUCUCAAAGUAGUUUAUAUCACUGAAGCAAUUUGUUAGCUUUAUAAGCAGCCAAAUAUAUUCAGGAAGUUACUAGAAAGGAUUUUCUCCAAGGAAACUCUAAAAUCUAGUUGUGUUUCACAGAAGGUGGGAGUGGCAUCCAGGGUGCAAAAAUCCAACCUGUUUCCUAUAAAAAUCUGUCUCUUUAAGUUUGAAAUAAAUGUUCAGCCUUCUGAGAUGAUGGCUCUUAUUCCCGUAAGUGAUUAUGAAUUUCUAAAAUAGGCCAUCUUAAUUUAUCUAAAUGCAUUCCGCUGUUCCUUAACAUUUGUUACAAAUAACCUGCAGACUUCAACAGAUGACAUCGAGGUGAUAAACACGGAGAGGAUCGAAGCAUCUCCCCAAGCCCCAGCUAAAGUUGAAAGCAGAAGUCAGGAAGCAGCAGAAGUAAAGUCCAAAGGAGAUGAGAAGCCCAGCAAAACUAAGGAUCUGAGGAAAUUAUUUAAAUUGGUAAGAGGGGUAUUUUUGAAUCUGUAUGGGAGGAGGUAUAAAGUAUGACCUAGAAGGGAUUAAUUUGUAAAGUAUUUGAAAUAGCCAAACAGAGUAGUUAGAGUACCGCAACAUUUGCUGGUGGCCUAUGGCGGAGCAACUCCUCUCAUGAUCUCACCUCAUGAGGUGAGCACGUACAUCUGCUCCUUCAGCAAGGUCUCCUUCAUGAUCUGACCAGUUCACCUCUCUUCCUUACUCCCACCCCUUGCAACAGGCAUUAUAUUAGAAACAGUCAGACCUAUAGAGUAAACUCACCACCUCCAUAAGUCAUACAACAGAUAAUGGGCACUUCGAAGUUCCAGACAGGUGUGUAUUCUGGAACCAAAACGCUUCAUACAUGCAAGUUUCUUGCAUUCAGUAUGACACUGCCAGCAUCAAAAUGCCAAUGUAUAAUUUCCUCCCAUUUAACCCACAUUUACCCUGAUUUCUGGAGAACCUUAAGGCCAUUCCCUCUUCUAAAUGUUUGUUGAUUUUUCACCCCAUACACUCAGUCAAACAGCACCCACCAGUGAACUCUAACAGGACCUGCCCAAAGUUGUCUGCCUUCAGAAUCACAGCAAGCCUAUAAAGAACACUCGAGGAAAUGAGAAGUCUUAACAUUUGCCCAAAAUUGACAUGUUUAAGGGGCUCCAUAGAUUGGAAAGAGGGAGGUAUGCAUUAUCUGGAUUGGAUUCAUUUGAAAAAGUUCACAAGUGUAAAAACAGAGUUAGGGGAUAAAGAAUCUAGCUAGCAUUGCCUGUUAAAGUCCUCCGUAACCACAGUACUACAGAAACAUGGUAAGAAGAAAUGCAUCUAACCCUUUGUUAUUCUAGCCAGUCAGAGGUGACGCAGUAGUAGUUGCUCCAGAAGAGGUAAAUGGGCAAGCCCCUGAUGCCCAAGUAAGUGUAUGGAUUCGAUCUUCUUUUUGUGAUGGGUUCAGCUGGUAUCUACUUCUGGAGUCUUACUUUGCUGUUUCUUCUUCUUUCAUGGCAGCAAAACUCAUCUGUCCAUUGAGCAUGUUUUGUUCAGCCUCUGACCAAUUGUGUUCCAUGCUUUACUUUCUUCAAAUUUUUCAGCUGAAUUUGGGACUGCUGGGUUUAAAAACUGUCACUAUUGCCUUUGGAAACAAAUCUCUGUAUCAAAAUCAAUUUAAUUUUGCAAUCAAAACCAAAAUUAAUAAAUUGUUUGGGUUUUUAAAUGACCAGAUUUAUCAAAAGCACUGCAAGCAUAUAUCCAAUAGUUCAUAGGUGUAUGCAUUUUAUACAUUUCUAAAGAACCUCUAACAUCAUUUUAAGCUAUCAGAUCUUUACAAAAAUUCAACGUAAGGAUAAAUUAAGACAAUUCUGUCUUAUCUGUAUGUUUGUUCUCAAGUUUGUCUUAAAACACUCCCUAUGUUCUUACUUUUAUGUGUAGUGCAUGUCAGUCUGGCAUCUGUGUAAAGUUCUUAAUACUGUAUCAAGUCCAUUCACUUCAUAUUAACUUACCGUAGUUUCUUCUACAGUAGUGAAAUAAUACAUUUAAAAGUUAAUGGGCUGUAUCCAACACUGCUGUUCUGCUCACACAGCAGAUUUUCACUUAUGCAGAACUUCUCUCUCCUUUCCUUUCAGCCCCUGAUCACCCUCAAUAACUGUUCCAGAGGGUUGGGGGACUUCCAGAGCAGAUUUGGGGUGGAGGGCAUCGCAGGAAGAGAAGAGGAAGGUCCUAUCUUGCAAGUGGAACUCAUGUUCCAUUGCAAAAGUGAACUUCCAACUAGUAUAUUAAUUUACUGCAUUUAAUUAAAGGUUAGCUCUUUAUCUUGCAACCAGUGAUUAUAAGUACCUUUGCUUCUUUUUACCAGUUAUGUACUGUUAAAACCUUUGCCACCAUUAAUACAUAAUGAAGUAGAAAUGGCUGUACUGCAGUCUUCAUAUACUGGAUCAAAUUAUUUGAGAUUUAGUACCUAAUGUGGACAGGACAGGCAGCAGACUGAUAGCUUUCAUUUGUGAAAUGUGGAUACUCCUUGCUGUCCGUUGUGAACCACAAAACACAGGCCUAUUGCUGAAGUCUGUGAGCUAGCAGAAGCUUAUCUUUUGGGGGCUCAGGGGUCCCAUUGGCCCAUCGCAACAUGACAUUGGAAGAUGCACCCAGUGUGUGGGGUGUGUAAGCUCUCUGGAUGAAGGACUGACUGCCCAUGAACCAUAUAUAAGCCACUGUGAGCUCUUUGCAGGAAAAUAAGUGUAACAAAUAAACAUCCCUUCUCAGUUUGCACUGGGUAAAUAGGGGACACUUACUUUUCUUUACGAUGUUUGGUGUGGCCAUUGCACUGGUUGUUAUCAAUUCAUUUAGCUGACCGUCCCUUUCAGUAAGCCUUGAGGCCUUACAUUAUAACACUGUACAUAUGCAAUGUGCCUACAACACUCCACCGUUGCUAAGGGAACAGUUCCCUAUCAGCUCCAUUUAACUUCAUGGUGGUGGCAACAGUAUAGAGCCCUGAAAGAAGAGGGGAGAGGUCACCGCACAGCAAAAAAAGUGCAGAAGCAGGCUGUUUGCCUCACCACUCUGGAGCACUGCCAGUGCAAGGGUCCAUUUGUCCUCUGGUGGGGGCAUCCCCUCGUUGGAUGCUCUGCUAUCACUUUCCUGAUCUUUACCAAAAUGCAGUCCAUCAAAGGUUGAAGAGUUUGAUUGAUUCAGGUCUCGAGUCAACUAAAAUCUCUGGGGCAGACGUGAGUAGAAUUCGUCGGGAAAACUAUGAUCCCGUUAAUCUGGUUUUCCUUUCUCAAGAAAUGCGAGCUGCCUACAAGCUGAGACAGAUUGUUGGGUCUGGAUCAGCAGUUAGGAAGGGGAGUGAUACAGUUCAUUAUUUACAGCUUUCCUUUUCUAUUUCCCUGUGUUCUUUCCUUCAACAUUAAAAUGUGCCAAAUUUGCUGCUUUGAAACAUGCUGAUAUUCUUCCUGAUUCAAAGAUAAGAUGAUAUCCUGAACAUGUUCUUUCCACUUAGCUCAAGGGCAACCUUUUCUUGACACCACCAUUUGUUCUUCACAGUCAGCUGAAACUUGUGAAGAGAAGGAGUGGGAUGAUCUUAGAAAUCACAGGGUGGCUGCAGUGGGGUUGCAUUUUAAAAAAUGCAGAGCUCCUGUGUUUUUCACAGUUUCACGGCAGGUGGAAACGGGGGGGAAACCAAUUCUAUCCUCAUAACUGUACAUCCUUAGUAAUUGCUAGAGGCUCACAUACUUCCUUUAGUGCUUCCCCACCCCACCUUUCCCUUAUGUCAGUCCCUCAGCUUUUAGUUCAAACCAGCCAUGAAUAGUUUGUGUAGACAUAAUGGCCCAGUCUGCAUGGAACACUAAACCAGAUCAUGGCUUAGUGCGAAUGAGCAGGCACGUGGGUUCCUGGAGAGAACUGCUUUGCUUCUUCGCUGGUCCUGCUGCUGCCCCGCUGCAGAUAGCCAAGCCAUGGUUUGGCUUAGUGUUACAUCCUAACCCAGGCUCAUUGCUUAACUAGCAGACAAACCAGGAACUGAGGCCAAAAUUUGUUCUAUGGCUUACUGCUCAUAGUUUGCUUGUAGGCAUGAAGCCAUGGUACAGUCAGCCAUCCCUAGCCUUUAGUCAUGGUUUGUUGUAACCAUGGUGGACAAUGAUGCACCUAAGCUAACCUUUGUUUCAAAUACUGGGCUUGUGUUAUCACAGUGGUUAAUGGUGUGGCUGAUAAGAACUGUAGGUAUUGGGAGAAAUUGAAGAGCUACAGGGAGAAGAAGGGAAGAGCUACAGUGAGGGCAGGAGUGCCAGCAUGGCCCUGCGACCAUGGUUGCCUGGGGCCAUGGGUGCCAUGCAGUGUGCAUGACUAUGGCACCAAAAUUUGUAGGUGCCUGGCCCCUUCAUGGGGAAUUUUGUAGGUGCUCCCAGGGUCCCAGGGAGUUGGCAACUAUGAGUGGGGCUCUCUGCAAUCAAGCAGCCCACACCUACAUCUCUUAAUUAUGGUUUGAGUCUUGAGCAAGGCACUGCUUGUGCACCAGCCUAGACAAUAAAGUAGGGAUGUUUGAAAAGAAACAGCAUGGGAACUUUCUUCAUGCAGACUCCAGAAGCUGAUUCUGCAAUCUGUAAAUGUUAUUAUGUCAGAGGUAUGGAUUCAGAGGUUUCAUACACCAAGGCACGCUGCCUGAGCAAAUUAAAUUCUGAAGAGUUUUAUGUUAACCCACAGGUUGCCUAUAAACCCUGAAAAUAUCAUGACCUGUGACUUUCAGCCACCUUUAAAGCAUGUGUGUGGCUUCCAGAUGUGUAGCUUGGGCAUAACAUCCCAGAUUCACAAUAAUGGCUAAAGGCAGGGAAAGCGGUGCAUAUUAUUUCGUUUCACUUUGUAAUCUAACAUUGCCGUUCACUUCCUCUUUCUUUUAAACAAACUGUAGCAUUUUGUUGUGAACCUUUUGAACUUUGUCCAUAUCCUGUUCUUAUUUCACUCCCUUUACUAUAGUGAACUGUCUUGUAAUUGUUGUUACUUUAGAAACAACAAUAAUAAUAUUUUUUAAAUGAAUGAAUGUAAGAAGUCAUGUUUUCUCCAUUUGCAAUUCCAUGCAGAAUUUUCUAUGGCAUUGGACUACCUUGACCAAAUCAUGGGUUGUAAAUCUUCUGGUGGAGUAUUGUAAUUUUACACUGUGGAAAUUUGUCCGUGCAAUCUUUCUGUUCUGUAGCCCAGUGUUAUUUAUUUGUUAUCUUGAUCUUUCAAAUCUUUCUCUGUCUCUGUCUCCCAUCUUUUGGUUUCAUGCUUCAUGGCUUGGGAAGAGAACACUGUUACUGCUUUGUUGUAAUGUUGUUGUUGCAUGCAUGCAUGAGAAAACAUUGUGUCUCUAGGGUUGUGUUUAGAUGGUAACUUCCUAGGCUCCAUAUUAUAGAUCCUAUUAUUAUGCAAAUUAUACCUGAUGACAUUUCCUCCUCUGCAUAACUAUGAAAGGUGCAGAAGCCCUGAUCUUCUUUGCAUCUAGCCAGCAUAGCUGCCAACAUGAGAAACUGCAUUAUACCAAGUCAGGCCAGCAAUCUAUAUAGUUCAGUACUGACUAUACUGAUUGACAGUGGCUCUGCAGGAUUUGAGAAAGGGGUUCUCCAAGCCUCACCUGGAGAUGCCAGGGAUUUAACUAGGGCCUUUUGCAUGCAAAUAAAGUGGUCCCAUUAGGGAUUCCAAAUUUUAGGGUUAAUGUUAAGUACAAACCCUAUGUUUGAUGUAUCAAUUACUCAUUUUGUGGGUGCUGCGAAAUGUGGGGUUUUCGCUGCAAAACAACUGCAGAGGUUUGGCACAGGUUUGGGGGGAUUCCAAAUUUGGGGGUUCAUAGUUCAUGUCCAGUACGAACCCUGUGUUUGAUGUAUCAGUUACUCAGAUUGUGGGGUGCUGCAAAACACAGGGUUUUCGCUGCAAAACAACUGCAAAACUUUGGCACAGGUUUGGAGGGGAUGCUAAAUUUUGGGGUUUGUACUUAAUUUUCAAAAAGAAACUGCCCUGUCACAAAAAGGGGGGUACCGUUUUGGUUUAGGAAACUGUGGCGGUUAUUGCAGUGUUAAGCAGUACACCAUGCAAAUCCCACGUUCAUCUGCAGCUGGUUCCAGUCAAUUGGGUGAGCGGCAUUGAUUUAAACAGCCCAUGUGUCUUGCCAUGUGGUUCAAAUAUUGCCGCAGCCUUGAAGUCACUAAGCAGCCUUCAGCAAACUGCUACCUCUUAGCCUCAGAACUCCAUCUAUAAUAUGGGAGUGGCAGUCACCCUGGGCUGCUUUAGAGGAUUGUUGUAACUACUACCAAGGUUAUAUUUGUGGCGUGCUUUGGACACUCUCUAAAAACAUGUUAGGAAACACUGUUUGUGGGAUGCCUGAAUAAGAUCCAUCUAGACAUGGCCCUAACUUAAGUGCCUUCUUCAAUUUUUUAUUAUGCAUGGAGAAAUAUAAAAACAACAGACAUGUGUAAAAAGAAAUGCUUUGCAGAAAGCCACUUGUGCAUUUUCCUCCACGAGAGUAGUCCCACAACUGUAAAAAGGGCAACUUGUGUGUGGGGGGGGGGGAGGGUGGCAGGCUGAACAUUAUGAUGUGCAGCCCGAUCCUAUGCAUGUGCAGGGAGAAGUAAGCCCUACCAUGGCUCUUAUUUCCACAUUAAGUGUGCAUAGGAUUGCAGCAAAUAGAUUUUCCACCAUUUGGGUUGAAUGUGCAUUGGAGGCGAAGUAGUUUUAAUUUUAAAUAAACUGGGGGGCCUCCUGCCAAAUGCAUUUCUUUCUUUCUUUCUUUCUUUUAAAAAAUAACUGCUGUUUGAAACUGCUUUAGACACUGGACUUCAAAGACAGGCCCUUGACCCAGGCUGAGAACAGAGAACCUGUAGCUGAGAGGAGCCAAGAGAGUUCAACAGAGAAGCAGCAAGGAAACAAACAGGAAGCCAAAGACCAGCCAGACUCCACAGAGCAACAAACAGCCGAGACAGACUCCCUUCAGAAUGGAGGGGAAGCUGCGAAGGAAAACACUGUGAAGAGGAUAGAGAAGAGACAGUCAUUCGGAGGGUUUUUUAAGGGCCUUGUACGUUACCUUUCAUUUUUCUUUAGCAAUCCUGAUGUAGCCACCAUUCUGGGAAGCUUUCGUGUAUAAGCAUGUUGGGUCUUAGCCUCCAAAUCUGUUCCCAGGAGUUCACUUGUGUGCCACAGUUUGUCAAGUGGGGUUGUUAUGCGUUUGGUAAAGAGCAGGGCCGGUGCUAAAUUUGAGAGGGGCUGGGCAAGGAGCCUUCUGCUUAGGCAUGGACAAAUCUCUCAAUUUUGGUUUCUCAUUUUUCCAAACUUAUAUUCAGUUCUCCAUAUUUCCAUAGCAGUUUUCAACUUUUUUCUUUUUUAAGUCCACUGCAAAAAAAAUAUAUCUGGGUUUUCUCCUAAUCUAUACAAUUUUGUGUGCAAUUUUGCCUUAUAUACACAUUUUUGCAAACAAAAAUUUCCUACUAUGAUGCAUUGUUGCAUGGUGUUUCUGCAUUUUAGUACACAUUCCCCUUUUUAUACAUUUUUGUAAACAAUUUUUGGUUGGAGAACUGAAUUGCAAAAUUCAGAAAAGUCUCGAUUUUAACGGAUAAUUGUGUUAUGGUUCAUGCAUUGUUUGGAGACAUACAAAUUAGAUAUUUUUUGCACUAAAAUUGCAUUAAAAUGCAAGUAAGGUAAAUUUCUCCCUACUACUCCUUCCUCCUUCCACCCCAACCCAGUGCCACCCCUGGUGGUCUCCUAACCUUGUCCGGUGGCAACAGCAGUGGGGUGGCACUUAGUCCAGUAUUGAAUAGAGAAACACUGGGUAAAAAGGCUGAUUCAACAGCUGCCACCAUCAUACAUUUCCUGUGAAUCUUGGACUGUGAACCUGACUGCCUGUUUUACAACUUUUCUUCUGCUGGAUCAAUCCCACUUCUGACCCUUUCCCAUCUCCUGUUCAUAUAUGUGUCAUGUCUUCUAGAUUGUGAGCCUUUGGGCAGGACACUUUGUGCUUUAUUUUUUUCCAAUUGCUAAUCAUUUAGCAGAGGGCACUAAAUUAACAAUAGCAAUACAUAUGUGUAUAUACUGAAAGCACUUUUACUUCAUCUCUUCCAACUGCUUGCUCUAAGGAAAGUAAAAGGGAUAAGCAGAGACUCCUGGAACUUCUUGGGGCAACUGCUAAUAACAUCAUUUAUUUGAGCCUACCUUAUACAUGUGAACGCUAAUGGUGAUUUAUUUUUUUUAACAAUAUAUGUACGUAGGGUCAAAACUUUUAAUAUGUUAGAACUGGCAAAUCUACACUGGUCUAAGCUCUUCUUGCCCACCAGAUCACAUAAGGCCCCACAACAUACUGGCUUUCUGCAUGAAUAAUUCAAACCACAUGAAGGUUAUCUUAUGAAUGACAUUAAAUGCAAAAUAAACUUUCCCAAGACAUGAGCUUUCAGAUGCUACAGCCAGGACUGUAUGGUUUCUGUGAUUCUGCACAAGCACAGAGAAAGUGCAAAAUGGGAUCACUGGGUGCAUAACCUUGUCUUUCUUUUCUUAAAAACCCAAGUUUCUAGUCCUUUUGCUUACCAACCUUAAGUUGCAAGCAUGCAAGCAGUUUCUGACUCAAGAGGUGCUGAAUAAGAUUUCCAGUAGUCUAGGUGUGCUAUUUCAAAAUCCUAGCUCCUCCCCAUAACUUACUAGUUAUGGACAUAUUACAGGUUUUCUUUUGAUACUGUUUUUGUUUUACUCAGCAUUGUGCAGAAUUGUUUUUAAGUGAAAAUUUACACACAGCCUAUUUCACUGUCUGUAUAAAAUGGGCUAUAAGCUUAGUAAGAAUGUAAGUGGAAAACGCCUAUGUGAGGCUCCAACAUAAUCAGCAUUUUAGCAUCUUCAUCAAUAUCUUUACAUCUCUCUCUCUGUUUUUUCCCCGUCAACAGAGCCCCAAACGGAUGUCCGAUGCCGAAGUACAAACAGAUCCAGUAUCAAUUGUGCCUUUUGUGAAACCCAAGUAA